UCUGGCUUCGUCACCCGGCUCCUUAUCAGUCCCUUGGAUGUCAUCAAGAUCCGCUUCCAGCUUCAGAUCGAGCAGCUCUCCUCCAGAAACCCAGGGGCGAAGUAUCAUGGCAUCCUGCAGGCUGCACGGCGCAUCUUCCAGGAAGAGGGCUUGGUAGCCUUCUGGAAGGGCCACGUUCCUGCCCAGCUGCUUUCAGUUGGCUACGGAGCUGUUCAGUUCACGGUGUUUGAGAGCAUGACACAACUGGCGCACAACAUCCCCUCGUACGGCACCCGCGACUCCUUGGUGCACUUCACCUGCGGCGGGCUCUCUGCCUGCACAGCCACUGUUGCAGUGCAGCCUCUCGACACUCUACGCACCCGCUUAGCUGCUCAGGGUGAGCCUAAGAUCUACCAAAACCUUCGCCACGCAGUGGUCACGAUGUACCAGACAGAAGGACCUCGGACGUUCUAUAGAGGUUUGACCCCCACAAUCAUUGCUGUCUUCCCAAAUGCUGGUCUCCAGUUCUCCUUCUACAACAUCCUGCAACAGUUUUCUGAAUGGGUGAUUCCAGCUGAAGGGAAGAAAGGAGGCAACAUUAAAAACCUUGUUUGUGGCAGCUGUGCUGGAAUCAUCAGCAAAACCCUCACUUACCCGUUUGACUUGUUUAAGAAGCGACUGCAAGUGGGUGGCUUUGAGCAGGCCCGGGCAGCCUUUGGGCAGGUGCGGAUGUACAGCGGUCUCCUGGACUGCAUAAGGCAGAUCAUGCGUGAGGAGGGCCCCCGUGGAUUCUUUAAGGGCCUCUCACCCAGCUUGCUGAAGGCUGCUGUCUCCACUGGCCUCACCUUCUUCUGGUAUGAGCUGUUCUGCAGCCUCCUGUGUUCCCUGAAGACCGCCGAUAGCAUUGCAAGGAAGGAACGCUGA